GCCCUCGAACCCCACAUCUCGGCCCAGAUCAUGGAGCUGCAUCACAGCAAGCACCACCAGACCUAUGUCACGAACCUCAAUGCGGCCGUGAAGUCCCAGCAGGAAGCGAUCCAGUCCUCGGAUAUCCCAGCCCAGGUCUCCCAGCAGCAGGCCUUCCGCUUCAACGCCGGCGGCCACAUCAAUCACUCCCUCUUCUGGCAGAACCUCGCCCCAGCUAGCUCUGCUGAGGCCAAGUCAUCCGCUGCACCGAAGCUUCUGGUAAAGAUCAAGCAGACCUGGGGCGACGAGAAGGCCUUCCUGGACGCUUUCAAGACCACUCUGUUGGGCAUCCAGGGCAGCGGAUGGGGAUGGCUGGUCAAGGUCCAGGUUGGCCAGGAAGAGCGCCUGACGAUCGUGACGACCAAGGACCAGGACCCAGUCGUCGGAAAGGGUGAGGUCCCGAUCCUCGGUGUUGAUAUGUGGGAGCAUGCGUACUACCUCCAGUACCUCAAUGGCAAGGCCGCUUACGUGGAGAAUAUCUGGAAUGUCAUCAACUGGAAGACUGCGGAGGAGCGCUAUCUGGGCAAGCAAGCAGACGCCUUCAAGGCGCUGAAGGCUGGUCUCUAGGAAUCAUGUCC